GCGAAAUCUACAUAUUCGUGCCUUCUGGCAAACUCUUCCGUCUGGAUGUUGCGGCGAGCGAAACGCACCCAACAACGAUUCCAGGAUGGAUUCGAGGAUGACGAGGCGCCUUUGAUGGUGCAACUUGAUGGUCGAGUGAGAUAUUGUUUUCCGGAGGGCAAGAAGACAAUCAUCGGUGGACCUGGGCAGGACACGAAAAGCUCUGAGACACCCGCUCCGGAUGUAUCCUUGCUGGGUGCUGGCAUCCGGAGGCUUCAUGCCAGCGUUGUGAACGAGGACAGCCGCUGUGUCCUGACAGCGCUCAGCAUGGAUGCCGCGAAGGCCACCUGUUUGAACGGCUUCCGGCUUGACAAGCUCUUGCAGGCCCCGGAGCUCGUGAACCGCGAACUGCUCGGAUAUGGCCUCGAGCUGCAGCACCGUGAUCACCUGAAGUUCGGUCAUUGCUACUUCGUCUUCGUGAAUCCUACAGAGGGCAGCUUGGAGGCCCUGAUCGCCAGUGGGCAAGCCGAUUUCUACGAGGCCCAGAUUCAGGAGACCAGAGCGAGGUCCAUUGAGCAGCGCUUGUUCUCACCGAACCAAGUUCUUCCAGGACUCGACGACAUGAGGGACAUUGCAGAGGAACUGGAGCAGAAAAAGAGAGAGCUUCAGAUGAAGGAUUCGCUGCUGCGUGCCAAGGACGAGGAGGUCGAGCAGCUCCGCUCGGAGCUGGACGCUUUGCGUGAAGGACGACAUCGCCACGACAUGUCCCACAUGUGUGGAACAGGAAGACUGGAGGUUGGCUUUUCGCGCAGAGGCCCAGCCUUCAUCAUCACAAGAUGGCUUCCAG